AUGACUAGAAGCAUCGUCUCCCGCGAGGGCCAGCCGGUCGUCGCCGUCAACCCCACAAAUCCUGACGAUAUUGUCUUCGUGUCGACACGCUUCCAUCCUCUACCUGAAUUUGAGCCCGUUGGGUGUUGUUUUCUGACCUACACACUCGACCGCGGAAUCACCUGGAAUAACGUCACAGCGGAUUACCCCUUAAGUGCCGCCCCGAAGUGCGGCGAGCCACAGGUCUCUACCGACGCGAAUGGAACUUUCUACCUCCUCAACAACCAGGUUUUCUCUGGUUUGAAAAAUAAAAUGGCCGCUCAUGCCCAGUUGUCUAAGUCCAUUGACGGAGGCAAGACGUGGAGCGUUCCAUCUGUGGCGCCGCUUCAUAUGCAAGGUGCAACAAAGCUGCGGGUCGACGUGGCUACGAGAAAGGUAUACACAGAUGGUGCAUCAUCUUGGGAAUACCCAGCAGCUGUGUCUGUCAGCUCAGACAGUUGCGAGACCUGGGCUGCCUUCAAUCAAACCCCCGGUCCCGUGGACGUUUGCCCGGACUAUCAAAUUCCAGACCUGCCUCCCAUCUGUGGAUUCCCCGGCAGAUCCGUUGCAGUUCAUGAUGGAAUUCUGGCUUCGGCCGCGCGGAGGGUUCAAACGGGCACCCAGAGAUGUACCCGGGGCAACUUCGUGGCAAACGGUACCGGCGCGAUGCUGGCCAAGUCUGGCAUUGGUCUUCCCAGUGAUCCCACGCCGUGGGCGUCUGCAGACCCUGCCUCAACGGGUCAUUUGGCCCUUAUGGUUCCACGCGACUCUACGCUGGAGAUUUACAUCACGGAUAACGCAGCGCCCUUCGACCUUGGCCCGAAUGACCUCCUUGGUGUCAUGUGGCGCACCAACUCGUCGGGUAUUCUCGAUGUUUACUCGACGGUAUCUUUUGACGGCGGACGUAACUUUGCUGCGCCAAUCAAGGUCACAGGACAGCCGCAGCCUGUUGGUCAAAAUGGUCAGCCAGGCGACUGA